CUUUUGAAGUAUAUCAGAUAGAUAUUUUUUAGAUUUCCCAAUAUGGAGUGUCUCCACUUUCCAUUCUUUGUAUUUCUGCUCUUGCUAGUCCCCUUAUCAAUCCAGGUAGAGGGGCGUCGUCUUCUAGAUAUUGAGCUUCCUAAGCCUGAGCUGCCACCAUUACCAAAGGUUGAGCUUCCAAAAGUCCCAACCUUGCCGAAGUUGCCUGAAUUGCCAAAACCUGAAGUGCCCAAGUUGCCUGAACUGCCAAAACCCGAAUUGCCCAAGUUGCCUGAAUUGCCGAAGCACGAAUUGCCCAAAGUACCUGAACUACCAAAACCUGAAUUGUCCAAAAUGCAUGAACUGUCCAAACCUGAAUUCCCCAAAAUGCCCGAACUACAAAAACCUGAAGUUCCCAAAACGCCUGAACUGCCCAAACCUGAAGUUCCCAAAACGCCUGAACUCCCCAAACCUGAACUACCAAAGCCUGAAGUGCCCAAAACGCCUGAACUGCCAAAACCUGAAGUUCCCAAAAUGCCUGAACUGCCCAAACCUGAACUACCAAAGCCUGAAGUGCCCAAAACGCCUGAACUGUCCAAACCUGAAGUUCCCAAAACGCCUGAACUGCCCAAACCUGAACUACCAAAGCCUGAAGUGCCCAAAACACCUGAACUGCCCAAACCUGAAGUUCCCAAAACGCCUGAACUGCCCAAACCUGAACUACCAAAGCCUGAAGUGCCCAAACCUGAAGUUCCCAAAACGCCUGAAUUGCCCAAACAUGAACUACCAAAGCCUGAAGUGCCCAAAAUGCCCGAACUGCCCAAGCCCGAACUAUCCAAAAUGUCCGAAUUGCCUAAAAUGCCUGAACUACCAAAGCCUGAAGUGCCCAAAAUGCCUGAAUUGCAAAAACCCGAACUGCCCAAGUUGCCUGAACUGCCAAAGCCCGAACUACCCAAAAUUCCUGAACUACCGAAACCUGAACUGCCCAAAAUACCUGAAUUGCCCAAACCUGAACUGCCCAAAAUGCCUGAACUACCGAAGCCUGAAGUGCCCAAAAUGCCUGAAUUGCAAAAACCUGAACUUCCCAAAUUUCCUGAAUUGCCAAAGCCUGAACUAUCCAAAAUUCCUGAACUACCGAAACCUGAACUGCCCAAAAUGCCUGAAUUACCAAAGCCUGAAGUGCCCAAAUUGCCUGAAGUACCGAAGCCUGCAUUGCCUACCAUUCCAACUCUUCCCAAGGACGUUAAACCACCUCAGUCAACUACUAGUCCUUAAAUGCUAGUAUUACUAUUAUUCUAUUUAUGUCCUUGGAUUUUACGAACUUGAUAUAGUCUCGUCAUAUAUUGUCUAUGAUAGGAAUUUGUCUUGGAUGUUUAUCAUUUGUUUGUUGUUCAGAUUUCAGAUUGUUCUUGCGUAGGUGUUACAUACUAUAGACUAUGGUUUGGAGUCUUACCCGUAUUUUUAUGGUUUGGAGUGUUGUAUUUUUUUUACCCACUUUGCAAUAAAUUUAGACUCUUGAUUCUUA